AUGGCUAGUCAGUUCAUCGGUCUGCAUAUGCAGGUGGUCUUGCGCGAACCGCCAGGAUAUCAGCUUCACGGUACCGUUACAGCCGUCGAACCGGGCAUCAGCCUCAGCCUCAAAGAUGUCUUUAUAGUUGCGACCCAAAAGCAUCUUUCCGAGAUCAGCAUUAAUGCUCUCGACAUUAAAGACGUCUCCGAACUAUCCAAAGAGCAGAAACAGCAGCCACAGCAACCUCCACAGCCCGUAUACGAUCCUUCGAUCCCUACUCAGCUGUCAGGAUAUGCUACCCAGACGACCUCGCCAAGGAACUCAAACUUUGUUGACCCUGCCAUCCUGAGCAUGGGACGCCGACCAGGCUCUGGGCCUCCUCCGGCGAGUGUAGCCUCCAAGGUAUCCAUGCAGUCGGUCGACCCUGGCGUGCCAUACCCGGCUAUCCGAUCAGAUGAUCUAUCAAAGGGAGAUCUUGACCGCCUGUUCAAGAGCGUGAACAUUUCCAAGGCACAGGUUGCCGAGAAUAUGCCGACAACCCCCGAGGCGACACCGCAGAGGCGUAAGGCUCGAAACCGCAACUCUCGACAGCCGAAGAACCCCAGCCAGGAUGACGACGGCGCCGCGGCUGUUCCCGGUAGUCACGGCAAGGGCUGGCGACAGACGCCGAUACUGCAGAGCACAGCGUCCUUCCAGCCAUAUAAGGCUCUCAAGAAAAACGGCAAGGCCUCCAAAAAAGGCGCGCCCGACAAUGGCUGGGCUUCGGAGGAUGUCACGGAAGACAUGCCUGACUUCGACUUCGAGAAUAAUCUGGCCAAGUUUCCCAAGAGCACGCUGUUUGAUCAAAUGCGCAAGGAUGACGCUGUCAAGGAUUCCGAUCGACUAGUAUCACACAAUCGAAAGCCGAAGGCUGGUACGGCAGGCGGCAAGAACUUGCACUAUACAGAGAAUGUUCUGGACUUGCCUGCGAGUACCCACAAUGCCGACUACUGGAACAGCGAGGCUGAAGUCGGAGGCGUUAAUGACAAUGAAACGAUGAGCGGUCGGGAACAGAAAGGCGCGCACUCGAACAAGAGAACAGACAGCAAGUCCGGGCCGAGUCGUCGCUCGCAGUCGCGUAAGGCGAGUGCUGCUAUGGGCGGGCAACCACUUUCGCGAGUGAAUUCGAGCGUGCGGCAACCACUGCAAUCACGUCGAUCCAGCCCGCGAUCUGGGUACCGUAGCGCGGAGGUCCAGCCCAAAGUGCAGCAGCCCGGUCUCUACUUGGUCCCGUCGAACCGCCGGGUUGAGGCCAUCUCAACACUUCAGAUGCUCAACCUGGAAAACAUUGCGGCCAACGAGAUUGGCCUCUCGGAAAGCCUGAUGGCUGAAAAUGCGGGCCGUGGCAUAGCCGAGGUGGCUGUCGAGGCGCUGUCAGACCCUGCGCUCAAAGUCCGAUACAGAAUAGCCGGGACGGCAUUGUCGCAGACGACUGACACGUCGUUGCCAAACAAUUCUACGAUUGUCAUCUUGGCAGGGAAUCAUAAGUCAAGCAUCCGUGCGCUAGUCGCUGGUCGUCAUUUGCGUAAUAAGGGAUACGAUGUCAUGGUUUGCCUGGUGGGCAUCGAACGAGAGCGCGACCUGCUCGAGGACCUGCGUCUCCAGAUCCAGCUGUACCGCAACUUUGGCGGCAAAGUGCUCCAUAGAAAUGAUUUUUUCGAGCAGCUUCGCAAGUCGACACCGGCCGGUGCCGCCGGUGCCGCAAGCGGGGCUGGAGCCGGACGGGUGUCAGUCUCCCUGAUCAUUGAUGCUCUUCUCGGGCUGACCAUGUCGUUUGAGGAGCUACGCGGUGGCGAUCAAGCCACGGUUUACGAGCUGAUGGAGUGGGCUAAUCGCAACGAAGCUUUUGUUCUGUCCAUCGACGUACCAUCGGGUAUUGAUCCCAGCACCGGCAAGGUGGCCAUCAUUGACGGGUCGCAACUCUUUGUCAAGCCCAGAUACGUGGUGGCGGUGGGCGCACCGAAGCGCGGGCUUGUGGAAGCGGUGACGCCGCCAGACGACGACGAUCCGCUGGCCACGAGCGGGGGAGUGGCCCAAGACGAGGAGUGGCGACUGUACCUUGUGGACAUGGGCCUGGGGCACGCGGUCUGGCGCAAAGCUGGGACCAAGGUGCGCAAGGGUAUCGACUUUGAGGGCAAAUGGUUGCUGGAGAUGAAGUAUCGGGGUGUGGAAGAAGAGUCGGAUGAUUAUUGA